GUUCAAGCGUACAUUUGCUUAUCUCUCUGUUACCAUAGAGUUUUCUUAUAUAAUUAAGUCCUUAACUCUUCUUGUGCUUUGACAAACAGUUGUCGCCCUUAGCACGUGUUGAUAGAAAACAUCCGGAUGUCAUGUCUAUAAAUAUUUUUUAAAAAGCAACAAAGCCUUAAAAAAAAAAAAAAGAUCUUUUAAAAUGAAAACUUUGUUGUUUUGUGUGGCUUUCAGUCUAUAUUCACUUCAAUUCGCUAUUACAAUACCCCAAUUAGAUUUCAAUGCAAAUUCUGUAGCCCCAAAGGAGCUGCUUCAAACAUUAACUUUAAACUGUUCGGUAUCUAGCUCCAAUACAAGUCAAAGUUCACACGUUCAUUUUAUGUACAUACUUCACGAGACUACAGGAGUACUAGCUUCUAUUUAUAAGACUCAAUAUAACGCGGUUACUCAAGACAAAGGCUUAACUAGCGCACACGGAACACUCUCAAGUCAAGAAACAGAAGAUUCCUAUCUCCAAUUAACAUGGGCAAGCCCAAACGUGUCUCAGUCUGGGAAAUAUUUCUGUGGAGCGCACGGUGUGAAUCGAUCUGGAGCAGAAGAAACCAUCAACGCUACAAUUACAAUAAACGUUGAGAAAAUAACUUGGGAAGAUUUGGUUCAUAGUUUUCUAAAUUUGCAUAAAGAUGUUAAUGAAGUCAGACAAAUACAUACAUCUCAUAAGCCAGACGUAAUUGUCUUGAAAGAAUAUAUUGAAGACUCUAUGGUCACCAUUCAUAAAAAAAUAAACGAAGUCAAAGAAAGUCAAGAAACAACUAAACAAGAUAUCACUCGGAUCAAAGAAGACCUUAAUAUAACAAUCGCAUCUAUUCAUAGACAGAUUAACGAGGGUGAAGAAAGACAAGGGAUUAUUCAGCAAGACAUCAUGAGAUCAAACGCAAUCUUGAACAGAACUCUAACAAGCAUUCAAACCAAUCUUGAUGAAGUAAUCACGAACAUGACGCAACCAGAAACUUGUAAUGACGUCAACAGCUCUGAAGACCGCGUAGUGGUGACAUUGAAGUCCGGGUUAAAGGUCAUGUGUGACACCAAGACAGACGGCGGUGGAUGGAUCAUCUUUCAGAGAAGAAUCAACGGAAAAGUAGAUUUCUAUAGAGGCUGGAAGGAGUAUCGUGACGGCUUUGGAGAUUACAACAUUGGUGAAUUUUAUCUGGGAAAUGAAAACAUUUAUAAGUUAACAUCUAGAAGGCAACAUGAACUAAGACUUGAUUUGGAAUUUCAAUACAAAAAUUAUAACGCUAAAUAUGCGCUAUUUAAAUUGUUAGGUGAAAAUGAUAAGUAUAAACUAAAAAUAGAAGGCUUUUCUGGCAACUUAGAUGAUAGCUUAUCAUACCAUAAUAACCAACCAUUUACGACAUUUGAUAAAGACAAUGAUAAAUGGAUGAAUAAGAAUUGUGCGGUGGAAUGCUUAGGUGGCUGGUGGUACAAUGAGUGCCAUUAUUCUAACCUUAACGGUAAGUGGGGUAGUAACCAAUCUCACCAAGGUAUUAACUGGUAUAGUGUGACUAAAUUUACUGCUAGUGCUUCCUUUGUUGAGAUGAAAAUGCGGGGACUGUAAUUACCGUACUGAAUAUAAUAAAUGGGACCAUAUAAAUCACUAUUUAGUUUAAACAGUCUGCUAGCAGUAGUAUUUGAAAAAAAUACGUAUUACGAUACCAUAAAAAAGUGUAUUUCUAAAUGUGGUAGAAAUAUACACUUUAUGUUUAACAUUUU